GGGAACUGAACCUGGGUCCUCCAUGAAAGCAGGAGACCAGCAAUGACUGCUGGGUUUCCUCAGACCUUUCUGUAUAAACCUCUGGUUUGGGGGUGGGUUUGGGAUUACGGAUGAAUAUAGUAAUGAGAAGUGAUUUGGAAGCAGGAACGACAGGGGAAAAACCUAUCAUUAUGUAAAUUACUUUGAGAACUUCUAGGCACAUCUGGAUUCACGAUUCUUUCUAUUCCAGCUUUGCUUAUCUGAAACCCAGUUUUCUGUAAAGAAAUACUGAAGAAGAGCCAACCGGUUCCUGCAGCUCUCACACUAUGGCCCGCGCUCAGGGGUUAGUGACGUUCAGGGAUGUGGCUGUGGAUUUCUCUCAGGAGGAGUGGGAAUUCCUGGACCCUGCUCAGAAGAACCUGUACAGGGAUGUGAUGUGGGAGAACUACAGCAAUUUUAUCUCACUGGAUCUGGAGUCCAGAUUCAAGACUGAUACUUCAUCUUUAGACAAGGACAUUUGUGAAGUAUAUUCGGUACAAUGGGAGUUAAUUGAGAAAAUUAAAAACCUUAGCCCUCAGGUUUCUGGUCUUAGUGAUGAUCAGGAACAUAAACCCAAGACUGGGCUACAAAAGGAACCACAAGAGGGUUAUUUUGGGCAAUUGAAAAUUACCUCCAAAAAAGUCACGUACGAAAAGCACAGUUUUCUUUCCGAGUACCAGAGAGUUCAGAAUGGAGAAAAGCUCUAUGAGUGUAAAGAGUGUAGGAAGACCUUUAUCCGCCGCUCAACACUCAGUCAACACUUGAGGAUCCACACUGGCGAGAAACCUUACAAAUGCAAGGAGUGCGGGCAACCCUUCCGACAGCGGGCGCACCUCAUCCGACACCACAAACUUCAUACCGGUGAGAAGCCCUAUGAGUGUAAGGACUGCGGGAAGGCGUUUACGGUGCUCCAGGAGCUCACACAGCACCAGCGGCUUCACACUGGCGAGAAGCCAUAUGAGUGCAAGGAGUGUGGGAAGGCUUUCCGGGUACAUCAGCAGCUGGCUCGGCAUCAGAGGAUCCACACUGGGGAGAAACCCUACGCGUGCAAGGACUGCGGGAAGACCUUCAGACAGUGCACACACCUUACCCGACACCAGAGGCUUCACACUUCUGAGAAACUAUACGAAUGUAAGGAGUGUGGGAAAGCCUUCGUGUGUGGCCCGGACCUGCGAGUGCAUCAGAAGAUCCACUUUGGCGAGAAGCCCUAUGCAUGUAAGGACUGUGGCAAGUCCUUCAGAAUAUGCCAACAGCUGACGGUCCACCAGAGCAUUCACACUGGGGAGAAACCCUACGAGUGUAAGGAGUGCGGGAAGGCCUUCAGACUGAGACAGCAGCUUGUUCGCCACCAGAGAGUCCAUACCCACAAGAGACCCUAUGAGUGUCUGGAAUGCUGGAAGACCUUUAGCAGUUACUCCCAGCUGAUUUCACAUCAGAGCAUUCACGUUGGCGAGAGACCCUAUGACUGCGAAGAGUGUGGCAAGGCCUUCAGGCUUCUCUCACAGCUCACACAGCACCAGAGCAUCCACACGGGCGAGAAGCCUUAUGAGUGCCAGGAGUGUAGAAAGCCCUUCCGGCUUCUCUCGCAGCUCACACAGCACCGGAGCAUCCACACGGGCGAGAAGCCUCAUGAGUGCAAGGAGUGCGGCAAGACUUUUAGACUUUAUUCCUUUCUUUCUCAGCACCAGAGGAUCCACACUGGUGAGAAGCCCUACAAGUGCAAGGAGUGUAAGAAAGCCUUCCGACAGCACUCACACCUCACCCAGCACCAGAAGAUCCACAGUGGAACCUGACAAGCCUUCAGCUCUAUCCCAAGUCGCAACAUGUCAGGAAAUCCAUUUUAGGGAAUAAUUUAUCUUAUGCGUGUAAGUCAGCACAACUAAGACUGUGCUGCUUUAAAAGCCCUCCAUCCUCACUUACAUGUUACGUAUCUUCAGCAAAUUCCCAUCCAAGAAUAUUUGAUGAGUGUAGAGAAACGUCUAGCCUCAUCCAUUGUCAUCCACAUCUAACCACCCUCUUCCAGUGCAACACUGGACAGGACCCUAAGCAUCAAUGCCUUGUUUUGCUCACUGUCAAAAUGGGUGAUAAUAGCAAUCACACAUACGAUUUAUUGAUAUGUAACAAAUCAAUAGAAAAACAGUAGGUUGAAUAAUAUACGUGUGUUGUCUAAAGUUUUCCAUAGAUCAAGUGGGGACCCAGGGUCCUCAACUUCUUUUUCUGUCCGGUGAGGGUCCGUACCUCGAGCCCCACGUUGGGCGCCACUUGCCUCCACCACCGGGGACGCAGUUAUUCGUGGGGGUUAAGGGGGACCCAUAUCUGCAGGAGGAGCGAGACCAAGCAGUGUCCUUGUCAAGGUCUGUUUAUUGAGAGGAAUGUACAGCAUUUAAAGCUCUGAAGCAGGAAUUGAAGCAGGAACUGAAGCUUAGGGCGGGGGGAGUACUGGGAAGUGCCCAAGGACAUAAGGUGAAUCAUUAAACCGUGAGAUAUUCUCCUUAGACAACGAGACUACAGUCUUCUGGGGACAUGUUCUUUCUUUGAAAAGGUCAAGCCUUCUCAGGAAUCUGCUCAGGGCAGGGCUCUAGCUUUGCCUAGUCCGGCAGUCCGUCCCCGACAUCCAGGAAAGCCUUAGUUGGGUCUUUGAGACUUCAGCGAAGGCUGGCUGUCCUCUGACAGGGAGCAGGUUAGACACCUGAACACAUUCCUUUAAGAGCUGAUCCAUUGGGAUUCUCAGGUUCUGGAUGGCCAUCAGCUGAAAGAUAAGUGAGGCUCCUGGCCGUAUUGACUGUCCCAGGGUGGCUGCUGUUCUCAUGAGACUGUACAAGCCAAGAAAGGUGGCUGCUGGCAGGAUGGAAGCCAGGUAGCCAGAGUAAGUGAUCCUCUAUGCAGUCUGAUCACAGGAAGAACAUCCAGUCAUAAUACCAUGUUCUACUGGUUAAAUAUGGUAAUCAGACCAGCUUACUCUCCAGAAGGUCUUGUGAAACUGGAUACCGUGGGAAGUAGGCCGUGAGUGAGGACCAGGUUAGAGCCCACCUGCCGUGCCGCACAGUCGCAUGGAUGACGUCGUUAACACGUGACCAGUGAGCAGUCAUGGUAGCCUGUAUCGCACCAUAAUGUCUUAUAAUUCUUACAGUCAGUAUUGUCAAUUCCUGCGAAAGGAAGAUGAGCCCACGGACGUAAUAAAUACAGAAAUGCCUCCUUUCA